AUGUCACUUCCCCGCCGUCUCCAAGGAUGUACCCAUCUUUUCAGCUUCCUGAGUGUUCUGGCCUCCUCAAGAAACAGCAUCCACACCCAUUCUAUCAGAUCAAUUCCUCGCAUCGGGAAUCGGAAUUUUAGCUUCAUUGCAUCUGUUCAUAAACAACAGAAGGUUAUACAUGGAGCAUCAGCUACAGCUCAUAAGAAACUACAGCUCCGACCCGAAGAUCGGGAUUACAUCAACCAGUAUUAUGAUCAUUCAAAACCAAAAAGGCUUCGUACUCAAGAAGAUUUUCUAAAUGCGCUACGCAAACAUGGCUAUGUCCCUGCUAUUGAUCGAGUUGACGAGAUGUUAGACAUGAAUCGAAGUCCUUUUCAAUCGAAAGACGAAUUCGACAAAAUUACACUCGGCCUUCUUCUGACCUCUAGUAAGAGUGCCAACGGCGAGAUCCGGAAUCCUUACAAAAUCCCCGAGUUGAGCACAGGGCAAAAUCCCGUGCGAACGCGACAAGGCAAACUAGCCGGACCUUUGGCCCCGCGUUUCUACUUUCUAUUCCCAGAUGAUACGAAUUGGCAUACGAUUAAUCAGUUGUUCCCGCUCCAGGAACCCCCUCGGCCCUGGCACCCGAUCGUGAUGGCGGGCAUGAAGCAAGAUUAUACUCGGGAGGAAGUAGCCCGAAGGAUAGAAUGGUCCCAAAUCCAAAAUGCAAAAAAAUUACGGAAUGGGUAUGGUUGGGCAGCGCCAGAUCCAGCGUCGUACAAGCACAUGGACGAACUUCCUCCUCCCCCACCCCCAGUCAUCCGGGAGUGCAAUGUUUGCAAGAAACCUAGAUACCUCAUGCGGUUCUGGAAUUUUUUUGUCCAACGGUGGCAGCAUGUUGGUGCCCCACAUCGACCAAUCGACUGCGAGGGCCAUCGGAAAGGAGGCGGGGGGAGACUCAUGUAUGCUCCAAAAGGAACGAGAAUUGGGGGGCAGAAUCCCGCCAAAAUAGAGGAUAAAGAAUGGAUAGAGGAAGAGACAGCUGUGAGGCUACUUUUCCGUUCUGGUUUCGUUGCGCUUCCAUCGGUUAGUCCUGUUAUCGGGGAGGAUUUUGCGCGCGCGGCAAUGAAUGGAGGUGAUCAUUGGCCAUGGAUACGUAAUCAUGAUGUUAAGCGUUGGGCGCUACGUGGUGGCCGCAAGAAUGGCCUGAUCGAUCUUUCAAAAGUAAACCGCAUGAGCAAAGUCGAAGAUGCUCGGAAAGAGCAACAGCAGCAGUUCCUUGAGGAGCACACGCACUUUCUCGACAAGAUUCGGGAAGUUCUCAAGGAACAUCCGAUCACGCCAGAGAACCUGGCCAAGAUCCCUCCUGGACAAUUUUAUCCCGAGGAUCAUCAGGCUGUUGAUAUGUGGUAUGAUUUCGAGAUGCAGAAAACGAAUGCCAUUCGCGCGGAAACUAGAUCCGCCAACGACAAGAAAGCGGAUAAUAGACGUCUAUUGCGGCAGAAACUUCGCCAGAUUAGUCUAGUCCUCGAAGAGAUGAAGAAGACAAAAGCCGAAAUUCUUCUGAUCGAAAGCGGGCAGGGUGAAAGCUGGGCGGACCCUACAUGGUCUAAAUUAAACACACGCGAGAGAGGCGAAAUAAUAUCCUCCCAAGAAAACUUGGAGCAUAUCAUCGUCGCACCAACUGACCACCAAAAAACCCCCCAGAUUUUUGCACCAUGGGGACGGUCCGCUCAUGAUGAGAUCCUGGAUGUUACAACUCGCUUGAAUAAAUCUUUCACCCCAACUGGAUGGUUAAGCAAAGCUGCCCAGCCCACCACAGAUAAUGUAGAUAGGGUCGAUAAAGCUAUCGACCACCAUACGCUCACAGAUAGCCAGGACAAAGCGUUGUUCCAGACUCCAGAGGGACCUGCUCCUACUGAAGGAACCCCACCACACCCACAGUCAACUGGAGUGUCUAAUUUUAGUCUCCAUUCAUACUCCAGUCCCCCAAGACCAGUAUCGUUCUCGAUAUAUGAAGACGAAACAGAGGCAAAGUCUGCAUCAUUUCGCACAACGCCACAGGAACUUGACAACCUAUAUAGAAACCGCUUCCGGAAAGAGUUGGAGGCGAAGACUUUCAAGUUAAAUCCUAAUAUUGAAAAAGAGGAGAUGGAGAGACGUCGUAUUAAGGAAAGGCUUGAGAAAUCUGAAAAGAGAGCCAUUCGGAGAGAAGAGGAAGCACUCGCCUUGAAGGAGGCCAUGUUGUGGUCUAAUACCAGGGGCGACCCCGCUGUGGAUGGCUUCCAGACAGAAUCCGAGUGCCAGGACAAAAUUUAG